AUGGCCCUCCCUUUCUUUGUGGUCGUCGCGGCCGCUGCGGUCGUCCUUCGCUUGCUCUGGUCCAUUGUGACUUCGAUUCAGCAUGCGCGACGCGCUCGUCAGCUGGGCUGUGGCCCAACCUUGCUUUAUCCCAGUGAUCCAUUGGGAAUCAGCACUCUGAAGGAGUCUCUGAAGGCAGACAAGGAAAAGGACAUUCCUAUGUAUACCCAACGUCGAGUCGAUUUCAUGUCCGACCGCGAGAACCGAUAUGUGUCGACCUUCCGCGUGCGUACUAUGGGCCGCGAGAAUCUCUUCACCUGUGACCCCAAGAACAUCCAGGCAUUGUUGGCGACUCAGUUCAAAGACUUUGAUCUGGGUGCUAUUCGACAGCACUCUCUAAACGAUCUUCUGGGAACUGGUAUUUUUACAGCAGAUGGCGAGGAUUGGACCCGUUCGCGAGCUUUGCUGCGACCUCAGUUUACCCGUGAUCAGAUUAGUGAUUUGGACUUGGAGGAACGUCAUGUUCAGAAUGCGAUGCAAGCACUACCUGUUGCUGCUGAUGGCUGGUCUGGCCAGAUUGACAUCCAGACCAUCUUCUUCCGCCUUACCAUGGACUCUGCCACCGAAUUCCUAUUUGGAGAGAGCGUUGAUAGUCAACUGGCUGCCCUGAAGGGAGACAAGUCGGCUGCAGAAUUCCCCUUCUACUUCGAUCGGUCCCAGUGGUACGCCGCACAACGUGUUCGUUUCGAAAAAUUGCAUUGGAUCGUGAACAACAAGGAAUCUCGUCACUCCGAUAAGCAGGUGCACUCGUUUGUCGACCGCUUCGUUGACGCUGCUCUCAAGGGCGUGCAGGAUGAAAAGACCAAGAAAGACGAAGAGAAGCCUUCCAACUACGUUUUCCUUCACGGACUGGCUGCUGUCACUCAGGAUCCUAUCGAACUUCGCUCUCAGUUGCUCAACAUCCUUCUUGCUGGUCGUGACACAACCGCCUCGCUGCUCAGCUGGACCGUGCUCCUUCUGGCCCGGCAUCCGGAAGUGUUCCAGAAACUCCGUAAGAUCAUCGUUGAGGAAUUCGGCACCUACGAGAACCCCCAGAACAUUACCUUCGCUUCUCUCAAGUCUUGCCAGUACCUUCAACACUGUAUGAACGAGGUUCUUCGUCUGUACCCUGUUGUGCCUAUGAACCGCCGCACCGCCGUGCGGGAUACCACUCUUCCCCUGGGCGGAGGUCCCGACGGCUCGCAGCCAGUAUAUGUGACCAAGGGCCAGGCCGUCAUGUACAACGUGCAUAUUCUACACCGCCGAAAGGACCUCUGGGGCCCAGAUGCCGACUCUUUCAUUCCCGAGCGCUGGGUGAACCGCAAGGUCACCUGGGACUACCUUCCGUUCAACGGUGGCCCGCGCAUAUGCAUUGGCCAACAGUUCGCCUUGACUGAGGCUGGAUACGUUCUGGUGCGCUUGUUGCAGCGCUUCGAUGGAAUCGAAGAUGUUCAUCCGGAACAGAAGAUUCGUCACGGUUUGACCUUGACCAGCUGCCCAGCUGACCUGGUGACUGUCCGCUUACAUGCGGCUUGA